GUUAUUACAAGCAGCCACAUAUACAUGAAAGUGGGUAUGGUUUAAUGAAUUGGGUGUGGUUGUGUUAGUCUCUUAGAAGUUAGAAUUUAUGAGAAAGUGAAAAAGUUAUUUCCUUUCGGGUUUUCAUCUAUCAUAAUGUAUGAGUUUUUAUCUAAAUUUAGUGUUGCUAUGUUGUCUACAGUCUACAAGAACAAAUAUAGUAUUAGAACAAAGCUUUAUUUUUUAUGAGUCCAAACGAAAGGAACGAUUGACUCUUAAGUGGUUAUGCAACAGAUGAGUAUAUAAUAUAUUAGAUAUCUACUAUUUCUUAAUUGGUAAGUUUAUUUAGGAGUGUCAAUUUCAACUAUGUCUCAAUUUUGAGACAGGACCUCCACGAUUCACUGAUCGGCCCUACGAGAUGUCAAAUUCCCACCCAUCACGAGUUUCGAAAUGACUCCCACUAGAUAGCCGCUCCUUUCUCUCUUUUUACACCCUCAUUCCCCACCUGUCUUCCUCCCACAACAGGAACAUCGCUUACUUUAGAGGCUAGUUACUCAAAUCACUAGAGGCCAUUCGAAAAGAAUUCUUGUUUUGUAUAAUUAUAGUACAACACCAUGUUGAUUUUGAAAGAAAUUAUUUCGAAAAGAGUUUGAUUGAAUAAUACUCGACAAGACGGGUUCAAAGCUUGGGCUAAUUCCAAAUCCUUUUCCACACAAUCAACGCUUGGUUGUUUUGCCGUAUAGACUCCGGGUCAUGUGGUUGUGGACUUGUGGAGGAGGCGAUCGAUGGAUGGAGCUAGAGCUAAUUCGUAUAAUUGGGCCAUAAACUUUCUGUCCAAAGGGAAAUUCUUUAGCAUACGAUGGAAGCUGAGGUAACCUGGGCCAACGAAUGGACUGGAACUUGGGCCCGAAGAGGUGGCUCCAGCAGACCCGAUGUUGGGCUGGGCGUUGUGGGAUAGAUAGUUUUUUUUUUUUUUUUUGUAAUCAUUUAACUUAAUAUUUAAUUAAUUGAAACAUAAUAUUAAUGCAAAAAGCCAAAAAUAAUCAUGCGUAAUUGUAAUUUCACAAAAGAAAAACAAAAGAACUCUUAUUAUUGGUUACAAACAUGUGAGAUCAUACGAUUGACCAAUAAAACAAUAUCGUAUCGUGAUAAAACACAAACAAAUCAAAACUUUCAAUAUGCACUGUAGGGGCCAAAAGAAUUGCGUAAAUAUAUAAACACAAUAUAUAUAUAUAUAUAUAAAGGAAGUAUCAAAUCCAAGAAGCGUUUCUUCGUAGUCCCAGAAUGGGUCUCUCUAUGACUUGCCGUAGUUAUUCUCUUCCUUCACAAACCUACAUCAAUAAUUAUCAAGACCAAAGGACAAAUAGAAUGUUAGAAACACACAUAUGGAUAAUGUUAUUGACUUAGAGAAUGACAUGCAUAGUACAAUUAAUGAUUAGGGUUAUAUAUGUGAACGAACUUACAUGUAUGAUGGUGGAAGUAAUGUAUGAAUUGUUUAGUAAGUGGCCGGAGGUGGUGGGGAUUUGUAAUAGUAGUAUGGCGGCGGUGGAGAUGGUGAUGGAGGUGGUGGGGAUUUGUAGUAGUAUGGCGGCGGUGGAGAUGGUGAUGGUGGUGGCGGCGACUUGUAGUAGUAUGGUGGCGGUGGAGAAGGAGAUGGAGGGGGCGGAGAUUUAUAAUAGUAGGGAGGAGGAGGAGAUGGUGAUGGUGGAGGUGGAGACUUAUAGAUGUAUGGAGGAGGAGGCGAUGGGGAUGGUGGUGGUGGUGAUUUGUAGUAGUAUGGUGGCGGUGGGGAUGGAGAUGGAGGCGGCGGUGACUUAUAGAUGUAAGGAGGAGGAGGGGACGGUGAUGGUGGCGGUGGCGACUUGUAGAUGUAAGGAGGAGGAGGGGACGGUGAUGGUGGCGGCGGCGACUUGUAGAUGUAUGGAGGAGGAGGGGAAGGUGAUGGAGGAGGUGGCGACUUGUAGAUGUAAGGUGGUGGAGGAGAUGGUGACGGUGGAGGCGGAGACUUGUAAUAGUAUGGUGGUGGUGGUGAUGGAGACGGCGGAGGUGGCGACUUAUAGAGGUAAGGUGGAGGAGGGGAAGGUGAUGGAGGAGGUGGCGACUUGUAGAUGUAUGGCGGAGGAGGGGACGGUGAUGGUGGCGGUGGCGACUUGUAAAUGUAAGGAGGAGGAGGUGAGGGUGAUGGUGGUGGUGGAGACUUGUAUAUGUAUGGAGGAGGAGGAGACGGUGACGGUGGCGGUGGUGAUUUGUAGUAAUAUGGUGGUGGAGGCGAAGGUGACGGUGGAGGGGGAGACUUAUAGAUGUAAGGAGGAGGAGGUGAGGGUGAUGGUGGUGGUGGAGACUUGUAGAUGUAUGGAGGAGGUGGCGAUGGUGACGGUGGUGGUGGCGACUUGUAGAUGUAUGGAGGAGGAGGUGAUGGAGACGGCGGAGGUGGCGACUUGUAGAUGUAUGGAGGAGGAGGCGACGGUGACGGUGGUGGUGGCGACUUAUAGAUGUAAGGAGGAGGAGGUGAGGGUGAUGGCGGAGGUGGCGACUUAUAGAUGUAAGGUGGUGGAGGAGAUGGCGACGGUGGAGGAGGAGACUUGUAGUAGUACGGUGGUGGAGGAGAUGGCGACGGUGGAGGAGGAGACUUAUAGUAAUAAGGAGGCGGAGGAGAUGGCGACGGUGGCGGGGGAGACUUGUAAUAGUAAGGAGGAGGAGGAGGUGAUGGAGACGGCGGAGGAGGAGACUUGUAAUAAUAUGGACGCGGUGGUGAUGGUGAAGGUGGUGGAGGUGACUUGUAGUAGUACGGUGGUGGUGGCGGCGACGGUGACGGUGGCGGAGGUGACUUGUAGUAGUAAGGCGGAGGUGGAGAUGAGUAGUAGUAAGGCUUAUCGUCGGCUGCUACGUAGCUGAUCGAUAGCAGGCAUAUCGCCGCCACGAACACCCAUUGGUGAGGCCAAAAAUUGGCCAUUCUUAGGCAAAUCUUUGGUUUGCUUAAUUCUCCCUGCCAAGUUUUAGUUUCCAAAUGUGUUAUGGUGGGGAAGUUUUGAGGAUGGAUUUGAAGCCUUUGCUUCUUUGGUUUAUAUAGGCUCGUGAGUGAGGAAGAUAAAACAAUAUCAAAAUGGAACAAAUUGGUUAAUGGGACUCCACUAGUUUCAUUUCACGUACGUACUAACGCGGUGACUUUCUUGGUGCAAUGAUUUUGGUAGAUAAUUGAUAAUUUUUAUAAUAAUUUGAUGAACUAGUCAAGUUAAUUUAAUAUAUUGUCAUUAUUUUAUUUUUAUUUUACUGAUUAAUCAUGAAGUAGUCCUCUUCAUGUAACCAAUCAAUUGUCACAAUUUGGAAGGGAAGAAAAUAAGCCACUAUUAAAGUACACGGUUAGUUAUUAUAUAUGUAGACAUUAGGCAUGUUAAUGGAGGGGGAUAGGUUUUUGAUUUGGAUCUUUCCUUAGAAACUUCUAGCCAGCAUACAUGGCGUUUCGCUUUAGCAAUUACAUUAAAAUUGAAAAAUUAGUUCAGGUACACCAAUACGAUCGUAGAUUCACUUCGUAUAUAACGUUUCAUUCAAAAAAUGGGUUUAAUAAUCCAGUCAGCUUAAUCAGAUGAGUAAAGAAAUACAUAACUAGAUCGAUGUUUAUUAUUCGGAUGAAAUGGCUUUUCGUUAUAAGAAAGUGAUUAAAUACAAUACAUGGACCUCUCCCCCCAACUCAAAUUAUUUGAAUCAAUUGGUUUAUGACAUACACGAGAUCGAAGAGGCGGUGAUUGUUCGUCUAUGAAAUUCCUUUACAAAGAAGAAGCAUCAUCAACGCGGUAUUAUCCAAUAAUAUUUUGUAUCUAUUUUCAUGAGGCAGAUACCUGUUUUAUGAUUAUAAUUUGUAAUAGUUUAUCUCGUUUUAGCAAUAAUAUUGUUAUAUUUCAAUAUUUCAUUCAUCACGUAAUUAGGGUAUGCUUGAUUAUUCAGAAACAAAAGCUGGCCUGGCCUAUAUGAUAUCGCUGUCUUGAUUAUCAGCAUUGGAUCCAAGAAAAUCUGGCAAAAUAUGUUUUUUUUAAUCAAAGUUCAUAAUUAAUUAAUGUACACUUGUGUUUCUUUUGUAUAAGGUUUUUUCUUUUUUUUGUCUCGUUUCCGGCCCAUGUCGGAUUUGGUCAAAUUUUGAUGAAUUCAUUAGCUACAGGUAUGCUCUACAUGUUGGAUGUAGAGAAGAAUUGUUAGAGAUACUAGUUCUUCCCCAUGACGAUCUUAUUUUGAUAAAUAAUUAACCAAAAAAUCGAUCAAUGUUUUUUUAUUAUAAAAGUUUGAAGAUAAUUCCAAUGCUAAAGUGUGAUGCUUUUCAAUUUGAUGUUUGAUGAAUUGAUAUCAUAGAAGGAGUCUUAUUUUUGGUGUUCCUUUGCCUCGUAUGGUAUAACAACGACAUGAUUCUCUCUUGUAGGUGAGGUUAUUGCGGAAAUUUCUCUUGUAUAUCGUGUAAAUUUUUGAGAAAUGAUUAUGAAUUAAAGAGGAGGUCAAGGAUCUUGGAGGCAAUUGAUCAAAAUGAUCACAUAGGUUUGGACAGUAAUAAUAUGGUCUUAAAGGU